AUGCCUUGUGUUAGAGACUUCAAGGUUCUCCGUGUCCUAAACCUUCAACUAUCUGGUCAUUGUGGCGCCCAUGACCCCAUAGACCUCACUGGCAUUUCAGAGCUGUUUCAGUUAAGAUAUUUGAAGAUCACAAGUGAUAUCUGCAUAAAACUACCAAACAGUAUACGAGGGCUGCAAUGUUUGAAAACGCUCGAUCUUAUGGAUGCAACAAGAGUCACUGCUGUUCCAUGGGAUAUUAUACAUCUCCCACACUUGUUGCACCUGACUCUUCCGGUUGACACAAAUCUGCUGGAUUGGAUAGGCAGCAUGACUGACUCAGUCAUCAGUCUGUGGAGCCUUGGCAAGCUGAACUACCUGCAGGAUCUUCAUCUUAACAUGUCGUGUAUUCCUUCACUUCUGGGCGUGGAAGCUCUGGCUCAUUUGAUCGGAGGGCAUGGUAACCUGAAAACUAUAGUAAUGUCUCAUGGCUCAUCGGUGAUUCCUGGCGCCUCAAAAGCAAUAAUUUCCUGGGAUGACUUGGAACCUCUCCCCCUUCUCCAGAGAUUUGAAUGCUCGCCGCACAGCUGCAUCACAUUUUCCCGAAUUCCUAAGUGGAUUAAAGAACUUAGCCACCUGUGCAUUCUGAAGAUUGCAGUGGUGGAACUGCAGAUUAGUUGGGUUGAUAUUCUGAGAGGAUUGCCUGCCCUCACUGCUCUGUCUCUGUAUGUGCGGCGUGCGCCCAUUGAAAGGAUCAUCUUCAACAAGGCAGACGGGUUCUCAGUUCUCAAGUACUUCAAGUUGACUUGCACGAGUGGUAUAGCGUGUCUAAAAUUUGAGGCGCAAGCAAUGCCUAAUCUCUGGAAGCUCAAGCUAGGUUUCAAUGCCACCCCCCGAAUGGACCAACAUCAACUUAUCCGCAUCGAGCAUAUGCCAAACCUUAAAGGGAUAUCCGUAAAAUUUGGGGGUGUAGCUGCUCAUAUAGAGUAUGCGAGGUCUGUUGUAACUAGUCAUCCGAGAAAUCCUACAAUCAAUAUGCAAUUGGUGAAUUUUUGUUCAAAUUGUGAUGGAAGCACAAAACAGAACCUUCUCACCAACUGGGCUGUCAAGUCACGUGCCGCAGCCUCAGCACCAAUGGAGGAUCCUCCCAGUCACUUCACCACCCCUUCCUGCAUGAUUUCUUCAUGCGCCGUGCCGCUGCCGUGA